GCGUUGGGAGUCUUGCCGGGACGCCACGGGGCGCGUCCAAGGGGUCAUGGGUCGAUGAUGGAAAGCAGCCCAUGACAGUACUCAUGAUGCUGAUGAUGAAAUUGUUGAAUUAUCUGGGGAUUCCAUGAUUGGCACUUCUACAAGUGAUUCAAUGCUGCCAAAUUUGGAAGAUGCCAUUGUGCAGGGACUUGAUGAUGACUUGGAGAUCAUGGUUAAAAGAUUGACAGGACCACUGUCGGCACUAGACAUUGUCACUAUAUCAGGCAUGGGUGGCAUUGGCAAAACAACACUCGCUAGAAAAGCUUAUGAUCAUCUCACAAUCAGGUAUCAUUUUGACCUUCAUAUUUGGGUUACAAUAUCUCAAGAAUUUCGAUUUAGAAAUGUCUUGUUACAUGCUUUACAUUGCAUCUCAAAGCAUACAAAUUUUUUCAAUGCAAAUGAUUAUGAUAAGGUGAAGGACAAUGAGUUAGCCGACCUGGUGCAGAAAAAACUAAAGGGUCAGAGAUACCUUGUUGUUGUUGAUGAUAUUUGGAGUACGGGUGAUUGGGAUAGUAUAAGAGGAAUAUUUCCUGAGUACAAUAAUCGGAGUCGAAUCUUAUUGACUACUAGGGAAACUGCGGUAGCUAUGUAUGUGGAUUCUAUUAGCCCUCAUCACAUGAACCUAUUGAAUUUAGAAAACAGCUGGAAGUUACUUCGUGAUAAUGUAUUUGGACCAGAAAAUGAUCAUCCUCAUGAGUUGGAAAAAUUUGGAAAGAAAAUAGUAGAAAAAUGCAAAGGACUACCAUUAACGAUUUUAGUUAUCGCAGGGCAUCUUUCUAAAAUGGCCAGGACAUUAGAAGCUUGGAAGGAUGUUGUCCGAAUCUUAGGUGAAAUCGUUGCUAGUCAUCCAGAUAAAUGCCUAGGAGUGCUUGGUUUGAGUUACCACCACUUGCCUAAUCAUCUCAAGCCUUGCUUUCUUUCUAUGGGUUGUUUCCCAGAGGAUUUUCAGGUUGAAACUAAGAGAUUGAUCCAACUAUGGAUCGCGGAAGGUUAUAUAAGGACGUCCCGAAGUAAUAAAAGCUUGGAGGAAGUGGCAGUAGAUUAUUUGGAGGAUCUUAUUGGCAGGAACUUAAUGAUUAGAAAACGGAGAUUCAAUGGUGAGAUAAAAGCAUGUGCAAUGCAUGAUCUGCUGCAUGAAUUUUGUUUGAUAGAAGCUGAAAUGACAAAGUUUAUGCAUAUUGAUAAAAACUACUCUUCUCUUCUAACACAAAAGCAAAAUGUUCGUCGCUUCAGUUUUCAAAGCCAAUAUUAUUCAGUUGAUGAUUGUUGUAAGCUAUUACCCCCUGUUGCCACAUCUAUCUACUUAUCUCGAUUGGAUCUACCUUACGCAACACGUGUUAAGCUUUUCGGGAUAUUGCCCAUCUACCAUCCUCAUACUGUAGUACAUGAAAUUUUCUCCCAUUUCAACCUUCUUAGGGUAUUGUCCAUCUUCCAUGAAUCUACAAAUUUCACCUCCUUUCCACUCGUGAUUACAAAGUUAUUUCAUUUGAGAUAUCUCCAAGUUGGAUUUGACGAUGAUAUUCCUGCAUCAAUCUCAAAGCUUCAAAAUUUGCAAACUCUAAUUCUUAUGAAUCAACGUCGUGAUAAAACUUUACCAGGGACGAUAUGGAUGAUGAAGAACUUAAGGCAUAUACAUCUGGAGGGAGCUACCAGUCUUAGAAGUGACAUUCUAAAUAAGCAUCUUGUGACAGAGAUGCCAAAUCUACAGGAAUUUUCUGUUCUCUGUUCCACCAGUUGUACAAAUGAAGUGUUUUCAAUCAUUCCCAAUCUAAAGAGCCUGAUUGUCUGUGACCGUUUGGCCAAUCGCCUCAUUGAUAUGUCAAGCUUAAGAAAACUCGAAGCACUGAAGUUUUUCGUGGGAAAUUCGCCGAGGUCCCUCGCGAGGUUUGUCUUCCCAACAUCACUUAAGAGGUUGACUUUAACUAGACGGUUUUAUUUUCCUUGGGAAUACAUAUCAACUCUUGUCAUGUUGCCAAAUCUUGAAGAGCUCAAACUUAAAAAUUUUGCAGUCUGGGAUAAAGUAUGGAGAUUAAGUGAUGAAGACAAGUUCCAAAGCCUAAAGUUGUUACUAUUUAGCGAGAUAUAUUUUCGACAUUGGGAAGCAAGCAGUGAUAGCUUCCCAAAUCUAAAACGCCUUGUUCUGAAGAAAUGCAAGUACGUGGAAGAUAUUCCAAUAGAUUUUGCGGAAAUUUGUAGUUUGGAGUCAAUUGAGUUACAUAAUUGCAGUACUCUUGCUGAGGAUUCUGCAAGAAAAAUUGAACAAGAACAAGAGGACAUGGGAAAUAAUUCCCUUAAGGUCUACAUCCUUUAGCACUCACGGGAAGUGAAGCUUAUUUUGCGGGGACCAUCUGGCACUACCUUCCUAAUGCAGAACCUUUUAGUUUAUAUUUUGAAAAGUAAAAUGUUUCUUUUAUGUUCUUAUCAGAUGUUAUAUUUAUGUUUUAGGAAUAAGAAUGCUAAAUGCAUGUCUCUCCCAUUUGUGGUUUUUUUUUUUAUUUAGUAUUUUGUAAACCAUAACUAUUGAUGUACUGUAGUAUCUAUAUGUCAGUAACUCAUACGAGAUACUUUCUCUAUUCA